AUGGCUUCUGUUGAACAAAAGCCCAAAAUUGAAUUCCUCGAAGAUGUUGAGGUUAAAGAGACCAGGACGGGUGAGUGGGAGAAGUUAGGUGUCAUUUUCAGUUGCUGCUGGUUCUCGAUCAUGUCCUUGUCGGUAGUUGGAGGAUUGGGCGCCAUACUCGGCGUCUUCUUCGAGCUCUAUAUCCCUCAAGGUCACAGCUCGACGCAAAUUGUCUGGCUGGCGACAUUCCCGUCGUUGUUUGUUGGUAUCGGAAAUUAUCUGAUCCUUCCGUUGGGUCUGGUAUACGGUCGUCGACCAGCGACGAUCGUCUCGAUUGUUGUGCUUCUGGGGUCGACGAUCGGUUGCGCUCUAUCACAGACAUUUGAGCAGCAUCUGGGUCUUCGCAUCCUUCAAGGACUCGCCACGGGUGCCACGGAAUCGCUGCUCCCUCUCAUGCUAUCUGAGAUCACUUUUGUGCAUCAGCGUGGGACCGUGUUUGGUGUAUAUUGGGCAACGCAGAAUGUAGUGACAAGCUGCUUGAACCUGGCCAGUUCGUAUGAGGCCGCUGCUCUGGGAUGGCGCUGGUUCUAUUGGGUCUAUGUCAUUGCUGUCGGAGUGGGACUUGUUAUUGUUGCAUUGAGUUGCUUCGAGACAAGAUACCAGCGACGUGCACAAAUGAUAAAUGGCCAACUGGUCAUCACUGAUGGGUUUGGAGUCACUCAAGUGCUUACCGGGGCUCAAGCCCAGGCCUAUCUGCAAAUGCAAGAGGCAGAAGAUGACUCGAUCAUCCCGGAUGCAGCGCGCCCAAAGAAAACAUAUGUGCAGAUGCUUAGCCCGGUUGGGCCUCCCACCAAGAACCCCGUUCGAACUGUGCUGAUGGCUUGGUUCCAUAUGUUCGAGGCUUUCUCUUCCCCGGGCAUUCUAUAUGCCACUCUUCUAUCUUCAGUAGUGCUGGGAUCUUCUAUCGGCAUCUCGCUGACGUAUGACGCUGUGCUUCAAAGCUAUGGUUGGCCAGCCAAGAGUGUUGGUCUGAUCAACCUGGGUGGUGUAUUCGGUGGCUUCGGGGGUAUGUUAUAUGCUGGAGUUUUUGGUGACUGGUUUAUUCUCCGGAUGGCCAAGCGCUCUGGUGGUGUUCAUAUCCCAGAACAUCGGUUGAUUCUGCUGAUAUUCCCUGGUAUUCUUGCCGUUGUAUCAUUACUCCUCUACGGUUUCACUGCCGACAACAAUGCCACUUGGGGAGGGCCAUACAUGGGAUGGACGCUUUUCCAGGUGGCCUUUGUCUCCGUUUUGAUUUUGUCAACUUCAUUCGCAGCGGAGGCCUGGGAGAAGAACCCCGGACCUGCAUUGGUGGCUGUCGUUGGGACCAAAAACAUCAUCGCGUUUGGUGUCAGUUAUGGUCUGACUCCCAUGGUAGCCAAGUAUAGCUAUCCUACUGCGAUGGGUAUUUUGGCUGCAGUGACCGGGGCUAUAUUCCUACUUGGAAUCCCUGUUUAUUUCUUCAAUCCAGCUUGGCGCCGUUAUAAGAACCGUCAGGAGUCGAAGUAG